ACCCAGCUGUGUAAAUAGUCGUAAUGUGUUCAACACGAAUGCUAUUCUCUCUCUUUACCGUGUUGAUAUUUCUCCUGCUAGUUCAUAGAUCUUUAGGACACGACUAUUCUACCUCUCUGGAUUUUUUAAAUGAAAAACUAAGCAGCUCGAAUUAUAAUCGGAAUCUUAGACCAAUACUGAACCAGUCGGCUGUUCUAGACGUUCUCGUGGGAUUUGAACUCCUGUCUAUUGUGGAACUUAACGACAUCCAGCAGAGUUUUACCUGCAAUGGUUUUGUUACUUUCAUUUGGAAAGAUGAGAUCCUGGUCUGGAACUCCACCCAGUACGGUGGUCAAAGAUUUAUACAUCCGGUCCCAGAAGACAUCUGGAGACCUCGUGUUGUCGUGAUGAACACACUACAGGACAGAGAUCCAUUCAAGGAUGAUAUCAGCCCUGUAACGGUUAUCAGCGAUGGUUCAGCGGUUUGGAUACCUGGCUCUUUGUUCCCCAUUUCAUGUGAGCUGGAAUUAACAGACUACCCAUUCGACCAGCAGACCUGCACCAUACAAUUUAUGGCCAUGACUCACACAACCGAGGAAAUGAAGUUCCAAACGUACACCUCAAAAAUUGGCGUCGGCUACUUCACGAAGAACGGCGAGUGGGAGCUACUGGACACUGGGGUCAACGCGACCGUCAUCUACGCGGGAUCUGUGUACAUGUCGUCAGUAGAGGUUAAGUUCAUGAUGAAGAGAAGACCAAACUUUCUACUCCUAAACAUCAUACUCCCUGUUGUGUUUCUGUCAUUUCUCAACCUUUUGGUGUUUGUUAUACCAGUAGACUCAGGGGAGAAGGUCGGAUACGGCAUCACAGUCCUACUGGCACUGUCCGUCUACAUGAGUAUCGUCAGCAACAUGUUGCCCAGCUCCUCUUUAUCUACUCCAAGGCUCACCCUCUACCUCUUUAUCCUCCUCAUCAUAUCUAUGUUGACAGUCAUCGUUAGUAUCGUCAUCGUCUUUCUACACAACCUAGAAGAGAAAGAAGUAGCGCAUCUGAAAGCAAAGGCAAAUUUCAAAUCUGCUUUAAAGAAAGUUUCCAACUUAAAAACUGCAACUGCACGUAUGAGCAAUUGUACAAAACCACAAGGGAAACAAUCACUGACAGAUGUCUUGUCUAAACUUGAGGAUGUCAAAUUGCAACGUGAAGAACCUGAAGAUGUAGAAACAAAGGACGAGAAUCCACAAAAACCCAAGGGAAAUAAAUACAAACGAUUUGUUGAUUGUGCAUCGUUAAUCCAUUUACAAAUCCUGGGUUCUAAGAUGAGAAGAGCCAGAUAUUUCCCAUGCAUUAGGACAUCUUUCCACACUGCUGAUGGACUCAAUGCCCAGCUGUGA